AUGUCCUCCCAAGAUGAUUUAUCGCAGGAGCAGGAGCAGGAGCAGGAGCAGCACGGCACUCUGAUUGUUGACCAAUCUGUAUCUUUGACCAUCAGCGCUGACUCGCUCCUUAUACUUGAUGACCGCCGGGAUCGCAAAAUAGAUCGUAGCUGCUGUGGAUUGCUCCAGCCUAAACCAGAACUCAACCAUGCUAUUUCCUUGUACAACAUUCUCGGCGCCGAAGUCACUGCUUCCAAUCUCGUCAUUGCAUAUGCACAAUAUGCUGCCAAGGACGAUGUUUCCGUAACAACCGUCCAAUACCCAAUCUCUGAAAAAGAAAAAAAGGCUGCCGAGACAUGGGUACAGCAACUACUUGAUAUGGCGUAUGGCAAGGCACUGCGCGGUAAACGGCUGAAGAUAUUGAUCAAUCCCUUUGGCGGAAAGGGGGCAGCUGCGAGCUUGUACCAACGAUAUGCAGCGCCGGUCUUCGCCGCGGCGAAGUGUCAGGUGGAUGUACAAAGCACCGAAUACAGGGGUCAUGCAAUUGAAAUCGCGGAAAAUCUUGACAUUGACGCCUACGAUGCGGUCGUUUGCUGUUCUGGCGACGGCUUGCCCUACGAGGUGUUCAAUGGGUUGGGCAAGCGGCCAGAUGCUCGAAAAGCGCUAGCGCAAACCGCCGUUGCGCUGCUCCCAUGUGGUUCUGGAAACGGGUUGACAUGGAAUGCUUUCGGGACUGGUAGCGUCUCGAUUGCGGCGUUGGCAAUCGUCAAAGGGCUGAGAACUCCGCUAGACCUAGUCUCGAUCUCCCAGAAAGAUUCGCGCACGCUCUCUUUCCUCUCGCAAUCUUUUGGAAUCGUCGCGGAGUGUGAUUUGGGUACCGAGAAUAUCCGUUGGAUGGGCGCUCAGCGGUUCACAUACGGUUUCCUAGUCCGUUUGAUACGGCAGACGAUAUGGCCUUGCGAUAUAGCCAUCAAAGUGGAAAUUGGCGACAAGGAGAGAAUUAAGGAACACUACGCUGCAUGGACUACACGCCCACAGGACUUGGAUGCUGACACCAAACGCUUCGAAAUUGCUGCAAAGUCCCCAGGCCUACCAGAGCUCAAGUAUGGCACCGUGACGGACGAGCUUCCCCAGGGGUGGGAGGUAGUUUCGGGAGAAACUAUGGGCAAUUUCUACGCGGGAAAUAUGGCUAUCAUGUCGAAAGACACGAACAUGUUCCCUGCGACGUUGCCAGACGACGGCUUGAUGGACGUGGUCACAAUCGACGGAAAAGUGAGUCGUGGUACAGCGCUUUCAAUGAUGAACGAAAUACCUAGUGGUCGCUUUUUCGACAUGCCAGACCUCAACCUCCGCAAAGCGUCUGCGUUUCGUCUAGUUCCCCAUCAGAAGGAGGGCUACAUCAGUAUCGACGGUGAACGUAUACCUUUCGAAGCGUUCCAAGCCGAGGUCCACCAGGCACUGGGCACCAUACUCACCAAAUCGGGUCGUUUCUAUGAAGCGGAAGGCCCUCGCUAA